UGUGAUGACGAUUCUGACGUCAAGUCGGGCUCCUAAUUCUUUCCCGAGUUUCCGAGUUGUUGCUCCGACUUGAGCAAGCGUUCAUGUUCCUUUUCCAACUCAGAAACUUGUUUUCCCGAUGUGUCCGACAUCACAUGAAUGCACCAUAAUCCAUGUGGACUAAAGUAGUAGACUGACAGACAUUACACUGCUGGAGUAUGAAAAAAAAAACAUGUUGAUGUGAAACACACGAGGGAGCUGAAAUAUGAUCCUGGCUCAUAACUUGAUACAGGAACUUGUAUUCAGCAGCAGACGGGGUUUUUGUAUCAGUCUGUUUCACUGUGGGGUGCGCAUCUUUGGCUCUGGGACUAAACUGUUUGUAACAGAUAAGCAGGUGGUGAAGCCCGUGGUGAGCGUGUACCCGGCAGCAUCGAGAGCCCAGCUGGAGGAGAAGAGCUCUCUACUGUGUGUGGCCUCAGCCAUGUUUCCUCCUCUGGUCCGGAUCUCCUUGAAAAAACUGAAAGUGAACGGUCCUCUGCAGGAUGCGCACCCUGCUAAGGCGAAGCAGAAGGAGCUAAGGGAGUCGGGGUGCAGCGCCUCCAUCUUGACGAUCCCUCAGAGAGAGUACAGCACCUAUAAAUACCUCUGCUCAGUGCAGCAUGAGUGGGGCACAGUGACUGCUCAAACAGGAACAGAGGUCUCAGUUCCUACGACCUCCAGUCCUCCAGAGAGAGAGCCGACAGACCUGCCAACUCUGCAGCCGACUGACAUGUCCUUUCAGUCUCAGUGCAAGGUGAAGCUGCUGACGCUGCUGUACACGGUGCUGAUACUGAAGAGUCUGGUGUACUGCUGUGGACUCUCUCUGCUGAGGAUCUUUAGAAACAACAAACUGUCCAUUCACUGCACGUGCUGACUGAUUGUCUUCUGAUGUUGCGUGCCGUAGUGUUUUUGUAGUUUUUAUGAAAGAAGCUUGUUUGUGAAAAAGUAAAGCUCUAUGCUGAUGACACUGUGUUUUUUAUACAUAAAUGAACGCACUGCAGGGUGGGCUACUUUUAUCAAUUUAUUCCAUUUACAGCUUUUAUCAACAGUCCAAAAUGUUGUCUAAGAAGUCCAAUACCUCAAUCUUAUGGUUUAUCUUCAUCUUCCUGUAGUUCACACAUAUUUAACAAAAUUGAAAAUAAGUCAAGCAGAUUAUUUAAAAGUACAUCACCAGGUUUAACAUCCUGCUACUGUUGUAAGUUUGGGGGCAUUGACAAUCAGCAACUGAAUCAGAAUAACUUUUAUUGCCAAGUAAGGUCUGGCUAACGUGAGAGCCCACACAUGACGAAAAGUAAUGACAGAUUUACCAGUUCAGUUCUUAUAGUGUGUGUGGAGAGCAACGAGAUGACCGACUCAGCACACCACACACUCACAGAUUCAUUCAACAACAGUCUCCACUCUCAGAACUCAUCAUCUCCCGCUGUCAGACACGAUUUAAGAGUAAACGAACAUGAUGGUCAAGCUAAAUGUGGCUAGCUGUUAGCUGGUACUCCUGUCCUUGUCAGUUGGAUUGUGCUUUGUUUUACAGACACGUUGUGUAAACACUUGUGUUGUUGAAAGAAAUCAACAAGUUGCUCCUCCAUUCAUAACAUCCAUCUAACUCUACUGUCAAGAAGUGUAGAAAUACUGUUACAUAGCAGCAUAAAUAUAAAGCUAAAUCAAAUAAAAGAGUAAAAGAUGUGUCUUUGGUGUAUGAAAGGAGCUGUAAGUGUUUUGUUUUUCUUUUUAAAUAAAAAUCUGUGCUUUUAAGGAUUUCAUUUAGCUUCACAAUAAAUAUGUAAAAACACGA